AUGGCCGAUAUUUCUAAUAGCACGCAGUCCUACUCAACGGACAUGUUUUGGACUGAUAUCCAAAAUGCAAGGACUGAUAUCCAGAAUGCAAGUGAAUACAUGACUGUAACUACUCAUUCUUUGGAUCCCUCUGGAACAACUCCACGUAGUCUGAAGAGUCUCAUCUUCAUCGCUGUCUUUUUCACGCUCAUUGUACUUGCCAACAUCAUCAGUCUUGGCGCAUUCUUAGUAGAAAAACGUCUCCGUACCUACAACAAUUACCUUAUCAUAAAUCUCACCAUAUUGGAUCUGCUGAUUGGCAUUGGACUGGGAAUUGACAUAGAGCACUGGUACAUCUACCGAUACCCGUUUUCUCAAAAUGCCUGUAAGGUCAUAACUGGGAUCUUCAGCGGACUCGUCAAUGCUUCUAACAUCAAUGUGGUUGUGAUAUGUGCCGAUCGACAUCAAGCGGUCUAUGAUCCCAUCAAUCAUUUUAUCUCUCGAUCAAAGCGCAAGGCUAUCAUCAUCAAUUCUCUGCCAUGGGUGAUUGGACUCUCGUUCUGGAUUGGGUACGUUACAGUGUGGGAGUUCGUCGUCGAUCACGACAACGGAUCCCAAUGUACUCAGCGGUUCCUCCUCAGUCCGUUGACGAAUAUGAUCCAAAAUAGUGUCUUGUUCUACUUGCCUUUGGCCAUCAUCGCCGUUCUCUAUGUCAGAAUCUUUAUCAAGAUUCGGAAGACGGUUGGAAGACGGAACAACAAUAAGUCAACUGGUUUAACGGACCUCAACCUUUCCACCGCCAAGGAUAAUGAGAUGACGAGCGUAAGCGUUUCAUCGACAUCGCAUACAGGUUCAUUUAGUGACAUUCCAGAGACAGGGAGCAGAGAUGACACCAUGAUAUCAUCAUCUUCAUCACGUAAUGAGACCAAGGUCGGAAAUAUUGGCCAAGAAAUAUCGACAGCAACGUCACAUCGCGUGGAAUCGAUGGCUGAAAUGACGAAGGCGACUCGUACUCUCCUUCUCAUCGUCAUCGCUUUCGUACUGACAUGGAUUCCGAUUAGCGUAAUUGCUUUAAUCUACAGUAUCGAACCUCGACUCAUCAUACCUGGUCUGCCGAUUGAUGCUCUCAUAUUCUUCAGCUAUCUGCAGUUCGGGAAUAGCCUUCUGAACCCUAUAUCCUACGCCAUGUCCCAGCCUCUGUUCCGUGCCACCAUCAUCAAAAUGUUUUCCUGUAAACGACCGUCGCGGGCCAACUAG